UUUAAUUUUUUAGGGAAGGUACAGUAAUAUUUAAAGGCAUUUAAUGGAAAAAAAUUUGAAAUUUGGCCACAGUUCAAGACUGCAUACUGAUUAUUUCUUUAAACCAGGCUCUUAAAGCUCUGUCAGUGAAUAAGCAAAUACAAACCUAGCUUUCAGAGUAUUCCUUGCAGGUCUUCCACUGAUUAUACAUACAUUUCUUAUACACUACGAUGUAGCAUCUGGAAGGAGAUAGUAUUCUCACUGGCAGGUAAUCAUUUAACAAUUGAUGUGUUAAAUGUGAUAUAUUUUUGACAUGAAGAGAAAAGCAAUAUGCAAAUAUACCAGCACAAGCAUAUAAAAGCUAAUAAAACAGAACACAGUAUUACAGUGAUCAUGCAUAUAAGAUGUGAUAUGCCAGAUAAAGAUGGUGUGAAUCCCAUAAAAAUAUCCCACCAAUGAUGUCCAGCAGUUUGUUAAAUUUCUCUUCUGAUUCAAAAAAUUCCAGUAGGUAUUAUGGUUGAUUGCAAUAGUCAUUUGUUUUUGUUACAUAAUAGCCUUUUCAUAGCUAUUUUUUCAGGUUUCCAGUUCUUCAAUUUGAGGGCAUGUUGUGUUACGUAUUGGUCCUAAGGUACAGGCCAAGUUGAAUUCCAGAAUUCUGCCAGCAUUGAUGUUAGCUUUUUGAUAUUUGGACCUCACUGUCCAAGUUACUGCAGAAUUUACCAACUUUUGUGGGUUUGCAAUACAGAAUAUCAGACUUCUCAGUGCAAGGGUUAGCAUUGUCUGACACAGGAAGCUUCCUAUCUUUUCAGAUGAUGUCAACAUUGUCUCCAGUUAUAACACCUCAUCAUCAGUGUGUUAAUAAAGUUCCAGGGAAUACUUAGUAUACUUUCUAAAUAGUUACUUCUGUAGUAUGCAAGUUGAAUGACAGCUUUCACUUAUUCAUUUAUCAGUUCCCAGUGGAGGAGAAAGAAGUCUUGGAUUGUAUCUAAGCCUUAGUAAAGACUAGUUUCAUUCUUAUUUCAUUCACAGUUUCCCUUAUUCCUUUGUCUUUAAAGUCCAGCAAAGUGACUGGUUUUUGAGUGAUAGGUGUUGAAUCCUCUCCUGAUUUCCUGAAUACCACACCAAGAUAUUUAAAGUAUACUGCUGGUGUUGUUCAGUACAUGCAUCUUAUUCACUGAGGAUAUUAACUAUAUCACUUCUCCUGGGAACAGCUGCAGUGAGUAGUUCAGGGACACUGUUCAAGGCUCUGUAAUCUACUGGCAGUCACUGUGUGCCAUGAGAUUUUUUUACUGUCAUCUAUACAGGGAGAAUGAGACUUGGUAACAAUUCCCCACUCUUCCAGUUCUUUUAUCAAUUAUGAUAAUUUAUCAGUUCUUCCAUCAAUAUAAAUUCAAAAUAAUAUCAAUUCAAUUAUCUAAUUCUUUCAUCCGUCCACAGGGUGGAUAGCAUUAGAAGGCAACUUGUAAUGUGAAAUGUCAACUAGAUUGCUAUGGGAUAAAGGAGCAGCUGUUUGCAACAGAUUGACAGCCAGGGAUGUAUUUGCACAAAGCAAACUGUGAGUCAAAGGGUGUGGUGCACCUUUUUCCACCAUCCCCAUGAGACCACCCAUGACUGUCCCUUGAAUACACACUAGCUAAAACCUGAGCAGAUGAGUGAACAUAGUCCAGGAAUCUAACUGCCUUAAAGUUAGAUUUUUUGCCUUAAAACUGUAAUAGCAGGUCUACUUUUCUUCAGUUUGAUGUUCCAUUCAGUCUGGCUACACUCUUCUACCAUUACUUGGUAGCUAUUACAAUCAUGCAACUUCCCAUUGGAUUUAAAUAUUAGCUACCAUGCCUAAUAGUCAUUUGAAAAAGCUGGUCUGUAUUUCUGCUACUGCUUGUUCAGAAACAGAGGGAUGCAUGAAUGGUGUUUCACAGUGUGGGAUAAAGUUGCAUUACCUACUACAAAUAAUGUCAUAUUCUCCACUGUAACAUGGAAGAGCUUCACAACAUCCCUAUUUGAUGGGUAAUUUAAUAUAUCUGAAGACUAGAGUAUAACAAAUUUAUAGUGACUGAAGCUGUUUUACCUGGGUUUCUUGUGGAAAACCUGUGACAUCUCAGGUCAAAAAUCUUGUCAUCUACAUAGAGCCUGACUGUCAGGGUUAAUCCAGAGCAGCUACUGAAAUGAUGAGAAACAUCCUGACACUGAUAAAAUAAAAUGCAUGGUGAAACCACCUAUUCUUUCGACUGCACUGUCCCUUCCACAUCGUAUUUAUCAUACUCACUUGAACCAUGAAUUUUUUCUGUACAAAUCAAAACUUAUUGGAGAAGAGUCACUCUAAACCAAAAACGGUUUAAUUUAGAUUAGGUACAAAGGGGCUUAAGAAAUGUGGGAAGAGAGUUUACCACUGAAAACUGAGGCAAAAAAUGUUGAGUGCCUCAGCCUUUUCUGUACUAGACCAGUUAUCCUGUCUUAUUUAUUUGGGGCUUACAUUUUCUUUGGUCUCCUUUUCUGACCACAUACCUGCAGAAGUCGUUAUUAUUCUAGUGGUAAAGUUUCUUCUCUGGUUGGGCUAUCACCUGAAUUAAGACAUCAAUGCACUCCAGGAAUCUCCUGGCUUGCUUAUAGGAGACAGAAGUUGCCGUGCUACUUUCCCAGCACACUUUUCCCAGAUGUCAGAGCAGUUGAAGCCCCCCAUCAGGAUCAGAGCCUGGAGUAUGAAUCUUCCUGUAGCUGAAGUCAAAACAUUUCAUUAACAUCCUCCCCUAGGUUUGGUGGCCUGUAGGGUGGCCAUCACCCAUGAGGUUCUGCUUGUUGGCUUGACCCGUUUUUACCUAUACAUUUUUACCCAUUUCACCUGUUCAUUGCUGGCUUUCCAUGGCAGCGCCCUGUAGUUCAUCCAUUUUCCACACAGAGGGUAACACGAUCCCCACUGCUACCCGCUCCUCCUUCCUUGCCUGUCCCUUCUGAAGAGUUUAUAGCCACUGAUGCAGUGCUCCAGCCAUGCAAUUUGUCCCUCCACAUCUCAGUGACAGUGAUUAGACCACAGUGUUCCAGCUGCACAGUGGUUUCCAGCGGUUGCUGUUACCCAUGCUGUGGGCAUUGCUGCAUGGGCACUUCACCUGCACUAGAGACUGUCUCACCUCUUCAGAUGAAUACUCCCCAGUGCCAUUGAGGCAUUCCACAUGUCAGCUUUCAUAUCAAUUUUCAAGGUCCAUUAUCAGUUUUUUCAAUCUUGCCAGCCAUGUAAAUUACUUGCAGUAAUUUUAUUUUUUUAAUGAUCAGGGACUUUAGCAGCACCAACAGAAACAAAACAGAGAUAAUGAAGGAUUCAUGGUAGAAAUUAUCCCAUUGCAAAGUCUUGGCUUAUGCAAAGUCUUAAACAUCACUUCAGAGGCUUUUCAGAGAUGCUCUGGGCACAGUGGAUGUUUAACUUUUUCAAUUAUUAGUGAAACAAUAUAUCUAAUCCAGUAGUUUUUAACAUUGUAUCACAGUAAGAACCCUGAAAAUAACACAAGUAAUUGAUUCUUCCAGACCAUUGGGAGAGGUAUGGAAACCUAGACUUAAAUUUAUUGGUUUUUUAGGCAGCAUUGCAAGUUUGUAAACUUUAUAACAAAAAUCACAACAAAGGAGGAAAAAAAAGCUUUUUAUAACUUUUCCCUGGAUCUAUUUGAUAUAAACUACCAAGAAGUGUAAUUGUGGAUAGUCAGCAGUAUGUUUCUGUUUAGAAAAAUGAGUUAACAGUUGUUUAAAACCUUAGACAAAACCUUCUCUUUAAGUACCUGAAGACCUUAAGCAGAUCAGAAGGCUUUUUGUAUACUGCUAAAAGCUUGCCUGUUUUCCAAAUGUGGCACUUACCCUAAGAGGGUUUUAUACUAAAGGUAGUAUCUCUUAUUAUACUUGAGUAAAAUGACUCCAGGAAAAAAAAAAAAAAAAGUCUGGAUCUAGGUUUUGCAAUGAUGCUAUCUUGAAAAGGCUUUAUUUAAAUUUAGAACUAACAGGAAAAUGGAACACCAAAGCUCCAGAAGUAAAUGAAGUGCAGUGUACCACAACGGUCAGGUUAUGUCUGCAAGACUCCUGCCCCAAACUGCGCAGAAACAGCCUUCCUGAACUCCCAGACAGCCUGUAGUCUGGAGUGCAUGUUAGACUAACAGCUGAAGUAACUUCAUACUGCAGAAAUACCUCUUUGCUUAUUUCUGGAAGACAAUUUACAUACAAAAGAUUAGAAAGAUUGUCUUAGCUGAAGGACUGGUGCUAUUUUCACACCUUUUCCUGUAGUGUAUAAUUAGUGUUCAAAUUUUCCAUUUUUGGAGGGCUCACAUAAAAGGAAGUCUGUGCCACAAUGCACUUUUGGGUAUUACCUUCAAUAUGGGAGUAGUUUUAAAGCAAUUUCGCCCCAGGAAGUGAGUGAAAAAUGAAUUGUCACAAAAGCAAUAGUGGCUCUGUUCAUCACUUUCUGCCAGCUGUGCACUGCCAAGACCUUCAUGCAGGCUGCAUGAGCGUGCCAGAGAGCAGCAACCUGAAAGAAGCGUAGACACCUCGGAAAGGUGAAGUGUAAGGAAAGUACUUCAGACUCUCAUGCUUCACAGAAUCAGGAAAUAGGAGCUCUUGAAGUUGUUUCUGAUUUCAGAAACUGGAGACCUGAAACACUCCAUGAAGCUUAAGCAAACAAAUCAAGAAAGGUUUUGAAUGAUCUUAAAAAAUUGUUGGGACACAAAAAUCACAUCAAUAGUCUGCUACAAACCCCUGAGUUGUUAAUCCCUCUGGGUAGUCAUGGUCACCUGCUCCCACAUUGGAUGAAAACCUCAAUCAAAUGACAUAGAGUGACAGAAAAAACUGGCAUAGUGGGGCAAUGCUGGCAAAUGCAGGAUUUGUGGAAACAUUUCCCACUCACAGCAUGGCACAGGAGAAGGCAGCACUGCUGUGAUGUGCAAAAUGAAACAAAUUCUCUGUCUGCACAUUUAGAUCUCAGAGAAUUCCUGUUGUUCCACUGAGGACAUCAAGUGCACCCCUCUGGCUAGUAAAUUUCGUUAUGCAUUUUCUCUGUUAAUGCAUGUGUCAUUUUUCCCACUGUUCCACUCUUUGUGAGAACCAAACCCGCUAGGCUCACUCCACACACGCAGCUGUUUCUCCGCAUCGCAGAGGUGCACGGACGCACACACAGAGGCAUUUCCCUCACUUUCAUAGAAACUCUUAGCUGCGUCUUGGCUGCGUUCCUGGUGUCUUCUCACGCCAAUGGAUUUGCUAGAAUGUUGUUCGUCUGACAACGAAACCGGCGUCACUGUGACAGCUUAAGGAAAUCCCUGUCCUCAACCUAUCCCUUCACCGACAUCCUUGACUUUUUUGCAUACAUACCGGCAGGCGCGGCUUGUCCCUGCGAGUGAUCGGUACUCACCGGCCCCCGCUGACGCCUAGAUGGGGCGGUCUCCGCUCCCUACGCGUGCCUGUGGGGGCCGGCUCACCCGUAGAUGGCAACCUUUGCCCCCUGCCCCCGGGCCGUCGCCCCGGUCCCCGGAGAGCCGUGCCGAGUCGGGGGCCGCGGAGCCGGACAGCGAGGGCGAAGGCCCGCGACGGCGCCCUUGCCCGCGGAGACGGAACGUGGGACACGGCGAGGACGGUUCCGGGCUCUGCGCGCAAGGGUUGCCCGGGGAGGGCUGCGGCCCGCCGGGGGUCCCGGCACGGACCCCGCUCCCGCUGUCCCGAGGGGGGCACCGCCGCAGUGCGGGGCGGCCGCGCCUGUGCGCGCCCCGCGGGUCGUCACGCCCUGCGGCAGCGCUGCUGCGAGCGGCGAGAGGCCUUGGGGAGGCGCCGGACUGCCGGCGGGCCGCUGGGGCUAGAGGCAGGGAGGGAAGGAGGGAGGCAGGGAAGGAGGAAGCAGGCGGGGAGACUUCCUCCUCCUCCUCGGAGGCAGCAGUAAGCAGCUGCGCGGCUGCAGCGGCCGGCACGGCUGGGCACCGGCCCUUCCGCCCGGCGGCGGGCUGCGCCCCGGCCGGAGGCUCCCCACGCCGCCCAUGCUACCCACGCGUCCCCGCUGGCGCUGACCGCUCCGCCGUCCCCGCGGUGGGGCUGCUCCUGGGGCGGCGGCCGCCGCCGGCCGGCCGGAGCGGGCAGCGAUGCCGGUGGCCGCCCGCUCGGCAGCCCCCGGGGCGCAGCCCGACGCCAGCUUCCAUGCCCCUGCCCGCCAGUGGGACCGUGGCGCCGCUCCGCGCGGCGAGGAGAGCGGCGGCGAGCGGCACCUCCGCCAGGCCGGCGAGGCGGGCCGGCGCGGCAGAUGGGUGGCUUCUUCCGCCGCCCCCUUCCUGCCUGCCUUCUCCUCCUCCCCUCCGCCGCCCCCCUCCUCCUCUGUUGCCUCCUCCCACGCUGGUGGGGCCGCCGUCGCCGCCUCCACCUCCCCCUCGGCUGCCUCCCUUCUCCCGGCACACCCCCAGACCCGCGCCCGUGUCCGCUCCGGCUUCCCGGGACUCGCCAUGAGCGGCGGUUCCGGUCGCUUACCGCCGCCCGCCGCACUCUGCCCGCCGCCGCCCCUCCACGGGCCGAGCUUGCCGGAGGCGGGAGCGCGGAACCAGGGCCGGGGCAGCCCCGCCGGGCACGGCGCACCCCGCGGCGCCCCGGGCUCCAGAGCCCCGCCACCAGGUAGUAUUGGUACAGCAUUUCAAUGCCACUCAAUCCAUCAAGACCACAUUUGUACUGAUGACAGUGACAAGAGUGAAGACAGUCCUAGUCCCAAGCGACAACGCCUUUCCCAUUCCGUCUUUGACUACACAGCAGCAUCACCAGCCCCAUCACCACCAAUGCGACCAUGGGAGAUGACAUCAAAUAGGCAGCCUCCUUUGGCUCGACCCAACCAACACCACUUCUCAGGGGAACGAUGCAACACACCUGCACGAAACAGGAGGAGUCCUCCUGUUCGACGUCAGAGAGCAAGGAGAGAUCGUUUGUCUAGACACAAUUCUAUUAGCCAGGAUGAAAACUAUCACCAUCUCUCCUAUGGACAGCAGCAAGCAAUAGAAGAGCCUCGAGCCUUUCGCCCACCGAAUGUAUCUCCUCGUAUGUUGCACCCAGCUGCUCACCCACCACAGCAGAAUGCAGUGAUGGUUGACAUUCAUGAUCAGAUCCAUCAGGGCACAGUUCCUGUUUCAUACACAGUGACAACUGUGGCUCCACAUGGGAUACCACUUUGCACAGGCCAGCACAUUCCAGCCUGCAGCACGCAGCAGGUCCCAGGGUGCUCAGUGGUUUUCAGUGGCCAGCACCUUCCAGUUUGCAGUGUGCCUCCCCCAAUGCUUCAGGCGUGCUCAGUCCAGCACCUACCUGUCCCAUAUGCAGCAUUUCCACCCCUCAUUUCUAGUGACCCAUUCCUUUUGCAUCCUCCUCAUAUCUCUACACACCACCCUCCUCACUUACCUCCUCCAGGACAAUUUGUUCCUUUCCAAGCACAACAGUCACGGUCGCCACUUCAAAGGAUAGAAAAUGAUGUAGAAUUGCUUGGAGAACAUCUUCCUGUAGGAGGUUUUACAUACCCUCCCUCAGCCCAUCCACCAACGUUGCCUCCCUCAGCUCCACUUCAGUUCUUAGCCCAUGAUCCAUUACACCAGGAGGUGUCAUUUGGGGUACCUUACCCACCUUUUAUGCCUCGAAGACUCACAGGGCGCAGCAGAUACCGAUCACAGCAGCCAAUACCACCACACCCUUACCAUCCCAGCCUAUUACCUUAUGUGCUAUCAAUGCUCCCAGUGCCACCAGCAGUUGGACCAGCUUUCAGCUUUGAGUUGGAUGUGGAAGAUGGAGAGGUAGAAAACUAUGAGGCACUGCUGAAUUUGGCAGAACGUCUGGGAGAAGCCAAACCACGGGGAUUAACAAAAGCAGACAUUGAGCAGCUUCCAUCCUACAGGUUCAAUCCAAACAAUCACCAGUCAGAGCAGACAUUGUGUGUGGUGUGCAUGUGUGAUUUUGAGUCAAGGCAGCUACUUAGAGUCUUACCCUGUAACCAUGAGUUCCAUGCCAAGUGUGUUGAUAAAUGGCUGAAGGCAAAUCGUACCUGCCCGAUUUGUAGAGCUGAUGCUUCAGAAGUGCAUCGUGAUUCAGAAUGACCAAUCUAAGAGCACAAAUCUGGUUUGGGUGUUUCUGGUCACAUGUAUAUAUGAACUCUCUAUUGAAUUUACCUACCCAUGUGGCUUCCAGCCUACCCUUUAUACAAAAGGGUCAAUGGACCUUACUUUGCACUGUGUGACUUAAUCAAUUAUAAAGCUUAUAACUAGUCUUCACAGUUACGGGAUUGUUAUACUAACAAGUGUGAUUGGAACUCCAAAGAUUUUUUUUUAGCUUAAUUUUGUGUGUGCACUAACAUUCCCUGGGUUUUGUGUGAUCAUUCCAAGUAUUGCUGCGAGAUUACUGUGGAUGUGAUCUUUUAGCAUGUGCUUUUAUAUAAAAGAAAAAGAAAAAAAAAAAAAGUGGUAGCUCCAAACAAUAUAGCAAUCUACCUUAUAUAGAGCCUUCAGAUACUGUGAGUGGGGAUGAAUGGUGUGAAUGUGUGUUUGCCUGAGAGAGGGUGAGUGAAGCGUGCUUGUGACUGGGUGUGCCUGCGUGUUUGAGAACCUAUAUACCAGCAUGUACUGAGAACGUAUGUGUGUAGUAAUAAUUAUGCUGCAAUGUAUAAUCUUGUGUGUUAUUUAAACAGUACUAGUACUGUACACUGGUUCCUUUCCUUGUGUUUGCAGUUGCACACUGAAUGCGAUGGGUGCAGCAAUUACAGACAUUAAGUAUUUUGUCCCCAAUGUACUUACAGGUGUAAAGACCUUUCUAACUACUACUAUUCAAACAGCUGUUAUGCUUCCCCUUCACUGGAGGCUUUAAGUGUGUACCACUAAAGAAUGCAUUGAUUCUUCAUACAUGAGUAACCUUGGGGGUUUUAUCAUAUGUUACAAAGUCUGGAUUUUUUAAUGGCUGAUUUACAAGUUAUUUUAUCAAUGUAGAGUCACAAUAUCACAUUUAGCAAUAUUAAUGUUUUCAAUUGCUGAAAUAUAUCAAUGUUUUUCUGUUUUCCUUUUAAAUUUUUCUAGCUGAGUUUACCAGUUAUGUGUUUCUUUCAUGAAAGGAAGCAGGAAAUACACUGAGGGUGUCCUGGUCUUGUGGAACAGCUCUUAACUUUUGCCCAUUGUACUUGCUAAGGACAUAAUCUUUUAGCUUAUAACAUUGGCUUUUCGUUCUUUGUCAUCUGCAAGGAAAUUGGUAUGUAACUAAAAUAACUUGUAAAAGGUUACAAUUUUAUUCCUGCAACUUCAUGAAUAAAAUACAUUUUUUAGCAUUUUCUCAGAGAAGUAGAAUUUCAUAUUUCUUUCACCCUAUCACAAGAGGAGGUAGGUUUUGGUGAUAACCUGCAGAAUUCAGUUGCCCUGAUGCUGCUUCUUUCCCUUCCUUAUUUCAUGAUGAGUGUAAUAGGAAGAAGGAACUCCUAGGUUUUUGCAAUCAAGUUUCCAGACUGCUCCGCUAGAGGAGAAAUUUGGAAUACUUUCCAGAACAGUGCUGUGAAAAAGGAGGGGAUAAUGAUUAUUCAAGUGCUCUGAAUAAUAUUUUAUUUGGGACAUUGAAAAAAAAUGAGCUUUUUUUUGUAAUAUUCAUGCUGUUAACGUCUCUGAUGUGUUCUAGCAAAAUAUUUAGGUCUGCAUAUACCGCAAUUGUUAAAAGGAUGCACUUUUUGUAAGGAAACUCUUCUCACAAAUUCAGUGUCAUUUCUUUGGUUGCAGCAACAGCACAAGUGUGGCACAAUUGCUACAACUUGCUGCCAGUCUCAGCUUUAAGUUUAUUCUUUAUAAUUUCUGAUGCUUUUGUAUGCUGCUAUGCUUUAGUAUCAGUUAAAAUUUCAAACAGUGUUAGAUGUUCUUCAUGCUGGUUUUCCUCUUUGAAGAUUUUACAGACCAGUCACAGCUUUUGGUGCAGCUAAAUAAAAGCACAAUAUUGCCCUGUUUCAGAUGUUUUUUUCCCUCUGUUUAAUUAUGCAGGUAGUUCUCAAAAACAGUGACGCCUUCUGUACCUGACCUUACUUAGGAACACUAAAUAAACAAAAAUGCUGUUACUUCAAAAUACUAGAAUUUCUUUUUCCUCUCUUCCAGUGGAGUUAAAGAAUAGACUUUUCACAAUAGCACCUAGCAGGUUAAAUUACAUGUAAUAAAAUUUAUUUUUUUAACAAAUAAAAUCAUGUUUAAAAAGCAUAUGCCACGUAUGUCUUACAAAACUUAGCCUCUUUUAUAUAACUGCAAAAGAAAAAGAAUCCAUGUAAGAUUUAAACAUGACUAACAUUUCUGUGUUUACUGAAUACCCAGUAUUCAGUUCAAAGCAUGGAAAGAGGGUACUUUUUCUAAACUUGAUACAAGUGAACAAGACACAUACUUCUGAAGCUGAGGGAAAGUAGUUCUCUUUCUGGAACUGGAGAAAUGUCCCUUUUCCCCCACUAAAAUUCAGUGAGACAAUGGGAGAUCUAGGAGAUGGAGGGUCUAAGUUGGUAAAAUCCUGCAAUUAAUUGUUGCACUCUUACGGCUCAUCUCUUCUGGAAUGGUUCUUCAGUUUGCUUGGAUGAAUGGGGACUUGCUUCUCGUGUUUAGUGUGUACAAAGAGCACACAUGCUUAUGUUUUGAAUUAGCUCAGACAGGGUACAACCACAUCUUCUGUGGUGGCUGUCAAGGGCAGGGGAUUUUUGUUCAGCUCUUAACUGCCACGUAUUAUGCACAGCUACCGUGGUGCCUGACAGCACCUGAAUUCAGCAACACUUAUGUUCAUUGCCUUUCUGCCAUUCAAUGACUCUUUUUUUCUCCAAAAAAACAAAAAUAUCUAACCUCCAUUAUGUUUGCUAUAUCAUAUUGGCACUGCUGUGUUUUUUUGCAUAAACUGUCAAUUUAACUUGACAUUUUGGUAGAUAUCAAGGCCUACAGAUAAUUCCAGUGUCUCUUUUUUUGCCUUUCUUUAGAAAAAGAAGUAAGGCCAUGUGUUGUAUGCCAUUUUGUAGAGGCUCUUGAAUGUGACUUCACAGGUAUUAAUGCAAUGCAUAAUACUUGGGAUGAGACUUACCAACUGUUUCAAUUGUAGAAAACAGUUUCAACUGAGUUAUCUUUGGGCCUUUGUAAAAGCUGUGGUUUUUUCCUUUGGUACAUUGUUACCUCAUUUUGCUACUUGUGUUUCAGACUUGCUAAUUAUUAUGAAAGCUUAUGGUUUUUGUUGAAAUCAUAUUUUGUUAAGUGUUUUCUUUAAAUCAUAUGCUAUUGUAUCAUUUAACAUGUAGUUUUAAAUGUAUUAUAAAUAUCUGUAACCAAAUCAUUUGAAGGCUUGAUAAAUUUUUAACAAAAUUUGUACAUUUUUUAUGAGAGUUACUAGUAAUGCUUUACUAGGUAGUGCAAUGAAUUUUUAUUUUUAAUCCCUGUGCCCAAUUUUGGAGUUGAGAGAGGUGUUCGGUAAUAAAUGUAUGAUGUACACUUA